AGUCCUCCUCUCCCUCCGUCCAUCUGUCUGUCUGCCUGCCUCUGCGUCUAUCUGCCUCUUUUAUGUGUCUAUCCGGCGCUUGGGGCACACAGAGCUGAAGAAGAAGAAGAAGGCAGAUCUCAGUGAUGGAGAUCGCCGAGGAUCGGGGCUUUAUUUUACCCUCACCGGGGACAAACUAAACUCACGGGGACAAAUAAGGCGACAAAAAGGACAAAACAGCGGCUUUUGAGCGGAAACCGCUGCCGCGCAUCAUUGACGCUCCCAAAGCAGCUCUCCUCCUCCUCAUCCUCCUCAUCCUCUUCUUCUUACUUUCUAUGAACUGGUCCUCAAAGAGCAGAUGCCCUGCUCGGGAAGUUACGGAGAAAGCACGGAUCCUCCAGCACGACUUCUGCAGCUUUCAACAAACGCUUUCACCCGAAGGGUUUUUUCCUCUCUGAACCUGCUCAUCUGUGACCUCAAUAGACUCUUCAGCCCUUCCUAGCAGGAAUCCACUCUACUCAGAUCGAGACUUCUGAGAAAUGAGCUGCCAAUGAAUCAUCUUCCAUCGUCUCUACUUGGCUUGGAGGUCUUCUAGAGGGUCGGGCCUCCUGGACAUCAUGAAAGGAUUGGGGACCAACCGUAACAGACAUCUGUCUGAUUCCUGUGACCCCUCCACGGGACAUGCAGAGGCCCUCUACCCCCAGAAGACCAGCACGCUGCCACGCAGCCCUUACCUGCUGAGUCCCACGAUGGAUCACUAUGGCUCCAUGGACCCCAACCUUUACCCUCAAGUCAACCCCGGGUCGCUUCCAGAAGACUGCAUGCUGCCCCUCAACAACCAGCUGUCCAACAGCAGCACCUUUCCCAGGAUCCACUACAACUCCUAUGACCAGUCUGACUUUUCUCCUCCUGGGGAGAGCAUUGGGGGGAUAAGCACAGGGACUAUGGGGACCUCCAUGUCCAUGGGCAUGGCAACAGGUAUGGGCAUGGCAGGGCUGAGCGGACGAAUGCCUAUGAUUACCAGCGGCUCAGCAACUAUAUCACAUCACAUGACAAAGAAUCAGGCGCCAUCCAGUCUGCUGGAGUUUGAUAAGCAGCUACCUGGAGGCCACGACGGAUUCAGCACUUUGCAGUUUCACCGCAGCUCCGCCGUCGCUGCCGCCAAGCAGAGGACGGACAGUCCCGGUCGCAUUCGUUACAUGCUGCACUCAGUGCAGAAGCUUUUUGCAAAGUCCCAGUCAAUGGAGAGCCACAACAUGAAAGGGAAUGUAAACGGACGCUCCACCGGCAGCGGUGGAGGCUCGUCCAGCACCGAGGACGGAGGGAAGCAGAACCGCAGGUCCAAGAGCAAAGAUCGAGGGACAAAAUCAGAGGCAACUGCUAAGCGGCGGCCAAGAUCCAACAUGUCGGGGUAUUGGAGCUCCGAUGACUUGGACAGCAGCGAUUUAAGCAGCUACCACAACAGCAUGGCCAUGAUGACUCUGGGCCGUCCAACUGGUCAAGACAGCCAGACUGGCCAGAGCAGAUACAUUCACAGCGGCUACAACACCAUCAGUUCCUCUAAAAGCAGCACUGACAUGAAGUUUCAACCGCUCUCUGCGCCCGGGAGUGGAGGAGGUGGACUGAGUGGAACAGGAGGUAUUUUGAUGAAUGAUAAUGACUAUAUGAAAGGAGGGUCUUGGUCCACGCUCACUAUGGGCCAACCAAGACCGGUGAUCCAGAAGGGCUCGGCUACUCUGGACAGGUCGAUGCUCAAGUCCAAGUCCUGCCAGCAACAGCUAACCUGCAACUACCUGCAGGUCGGACGCAGAAGUGAUUGGAGCAGCACGUUAGGCCGCAGUGGGGGUGCCAUUGAGAUCCCAUGUCGGCGGAUGCGCAGUGGUAGCUACGUGAAGGCCAUGGGAGACAUGGAGGACAGUGAGGACUCUGAGGGAAGCCCCAAACCCUCACCCAAAAGCGCUGCUCGCCGCCAGAGCUACCUCAGGGCCACCCAGCAGUCUCUGAGUGACCAGCUACCACCACGCAACUGUCUUCCAUCUCUCCGAGAGAUGUCCAAUAAUCGCAGCCUGGACAACCUGGACUGUAUUGAAGGAACGGGACCUCUGGCACCAUGGGAUGAUGAUGACUUCAGUCAGGCCGGCAGCACGUUGGGCAGACGCAGUUGCAUGGGACAGCUGCGGGAGUUAGAAAGGCGUCAUCAUUAUGAAGACCGGAGCUCAGAGUCUACCUUCAGAGACUCCCGUUCCCUUUCCCAAGACAUCCCGGAGCCCAUAGACCUGCCCAUGCCAACAUGCUUCCGAUCCCGUAGCCACAGCUACCUGAGAGCCAUCCAAGCCGGCUGUUCCCAAGACGACGACUCGGUGUCCAUGGACUCAGGCUGCUCACCGCCUCUGACUGACUCAACUGUUCACACAUACAGCACCAGCACCGACAACCUCUCUGCACAGUGGAAGGAAUGGAAAGAACAGUUUGCCUCUUACCUGAUAGCCACUGGCUUGGACAAAGCCCCAAAGGAGAAACAACUUGCAAUUUUUCUUCAACGUUUUGGGACAGACAGACCACGCAUCCUACCCCCACACACAGUCUCUACAUGCAUAACAACCUGUAAGAAGGCUGCUCCUCCACCGGUGCCACCACGGACAACCUCCAAGCCCUUCAUCUCAGUGACGGUACAGAGCAGCACAGAGUCGGCGCAGGACAACUACUUGGACCAGCAGGACAGGAGGUCAGAGGUCAACAGCCAGUCUAGCCACGCUCACAGCAACUCUUCUGACAGCCUCGACAGUACCCGUGCCAACAGCCUGGCCCGGGGCAUUCCCCGCCCUCCGCAUAUCAUCCCCACACCCAUUGCGACCCCGAGGGAGCCAAUCGCCUCCAGUACUGCCAAUGCUUCCACUGAAACGAGUGACUCAGUUGUCCAAAAUGAAUCCCUGAAAUCAGGAUCUAAUAAAGGGAAGCUAGUGGCAGAGGAGCCCUUCGUAGCCCCAGUACCCAGACGUAAACUGUCCUCCAUUGGCAUACAGGUCGACUGCAUUCAGGAAGUUCCACGAGAAGAAACCCCGCCACCAGCCAAAUUUCAGUCAAUAGGAGUACAGGUGGAGGACGGGUGGCAGCCCAGUCGCUCCAGUAGUAUGGCUUCCAGACCAGACACAGACUCAGACACGCAGGACAUCCCUGUCAUCUCCCAUAUAAAUAAUUCCAAACCUUUUGAGAAAAAAGUCAUGGUCAACAGCGCCAGCCAGUCCACAUUCGGUGUUCCUGGACAAACCUCUCUGGACAACGGCGAGCCCACCGUUGACAGCUCUUCACCCCCACCACCCAGGCAGAUCCUCAAUCGUUCCACCACGCGGAGCAGCUCGGACUCUUACGCUGACAGUCUGGACCCGGCACUGGACCCCUCGUCCCUCCCGCCUCCAGACCCCUGGCUGGACAGCGGGAAUGAGAACAGCAGCGCCGUCCCGCAGGGCGGGGGCGGGGGCGGGGGCACGCUCUGUCGGAGAGACGGCCACUGGUUCCUGAAACUGCUGCAGGCCGAGACGGGACGGAUGGAAGGCUGGUGCCAGCAGAUGGAGCAGGAAACCAAAGACAACCAGCUCACAGAGGAAGUGCUGGGGAAAGUUCGCAGUGCAGUUGGAUGUGCUCAGCUCCUGAUGUCUCAGAAGUUCCAGCAGUUUCGGGGACUGUGUGAGCAAAACUUGAAUGUGAAUGCCAACCCGCGGCCCACAGCCCAGGACCUGGCUGGAUUCUGGGACUUGCUGCAGCUUUCCAUCGAAGACAUCAGCCUCAAGUUUGAUGAGCUCUACCAUCUCAAGUCCAAUGACUGGCAGCCCGUACCAUCUGCAGCUGCCCAGUCGUCCCCUGAGCGGAAGGACGAAGAGAAGACGCCUCCUCCGGCAUCAAAGAAGCCUGGUAAGGUUCGACCGCCGCUUGGCCGUGAGAAGAGUGCCGACUCUUCAUCGACUUCUUCAUCAGCCUCUGCAGAAAAGCAGAGACAAGAGGCUCGCAAGCGUCUUCUGGCUGCCAAGAAGGCCGCCUCAUUUCGCCAGAACUCCGCCACAGAGAGCGCGGACAGCAUUGAAAUUUACGUCCCCGAGGCCCAGACUCGCCUGUGAGAGAAACGAGGAGCGUGAAGGCUCAGAGGACAGAUAAGUGUCGUAGAAACACCUGGAUAAAGGGAAGGAUGUUUUAUUUAGUUAUUUUUCCCCGGAAUCCAAAUGAACUAUGCUGAGUAAAUAUGGAUGGAUGGUGGGGAGGAGGAGAAAUGUCGUCCAGAGAAGUUGUUUCAUUGGGUUUUCACAUUUACAGUUAUAGGCUGGUCCUCGUAGAAACAGAAUUAGAUAUUGAUACCUUGUUUUUUUUUUGUUUUUUUACUUUUUGUCUUGGACUAUGAAGCGGGCUGCCAUAGAAGAUCUCACCUGAUGAAUUUCUUGUUACUUUCUUGAAUGAUUAAAAACUAAUUAAACUAUUGGUAUAAUGACUAUUAUAGGCUAAAUAAAUCUAUAUAAACACUCUUAAAAGUUCCUCUAUCUUGGCUAUAAGAUUUAUUAAGUGAUCUGAAGGUAAGCAUUAGUGCUUCUGUCUCCCACCGUCUCGCUCUCCUCCCAGAUCACUGGCCAUCUUGUAGCUUUGCACAGCACCACCUUGUGGCCAUCACACAUACUGCGCACAUUAUACAACCCACCCUAAACGUCUUCCUCCUACUCUUUACUCACCUCUUGGUUUUAUGUAAGAUUUCAUACACUUUAAACUAUUCUAAAUACCUUUUUGAAUCAUGAAAAUGAAAGUCGGGUUUAAAUGGUGAUUUUAUAUAGUCCCUACCAUGACCGUGUUCUCAGAAUGUUUUGUGUCAAAUAUUUUUAAUACUGCUGAGAAUCUGUAAAGUUCAGCUUCCUAAUAGUCUUGAAUGAAAGCACAUUCCAAUGUAAAUCAAGACCAUGCAUGAAGAUGUUUAGUUGUCAGGGUGACUGUUGCCUCAGUAUACUGUUAGGUGGGUUUUCUUUUUUUGUUUUUGUUUUUAUUACUAAUUUGCGUCUCUCUUGCUUUUUAUUUUAGCAACACAUUAAUGGAUAUCGCAGGACUUUUGCUCCAUUUAAUACUUUUUAAGUGCUUUUAUUAACCUCACUGGGCAUUUAAGUCGUACAUCUCAAACUAAUUUUGGACUUAAACGUAAUUCAUGCAGCAGGAUGAGCAGGUUAAAGCAAAUCACCCACCAAAAUCAGUCCACUUCACUAAUGUUGUGUUUUUUUUCCCACCACACAGAUCAGCACACAAAAAUAUCACACUUCUUUUCAACAUAUAUUGGAAAAAAAAUAUUUUUCUAAUUAAAUUGUUAUUAGAGCAACAUUGUGUUUACAUUACUUUUUUAUUUUUGCUCGUUGACGACUGUAGAAGCCAAAGAUGAACUCACCGUUUCAGAUUCAUCUCGUGUAUUGAAAUGUUAGCAACCUGUGAAAGCAGGCGAGGUGGACUGAAGCCACAGCAGCAUAUGUAUUAUAGAUUUAACCUUUUGAUAUGCACGUGGCCAGACGCGUAAGCAGAAGCACCCAUUACUACGGUAACGUGGAGUAGCUGUGUCAGAGCAUUCAGGACCAGGAAGCUCCACUUCCUCAAAGAAAGAAAAUCUUACUAUGGAGAGGAUGUGGGACCUCUGGAGGACAACAGCAGACACUUUUAGUCCAGUAUCCAUAUUUCUUUUUUUUUUUUCAAACUAAAGGGGCAUUCAAAUAUGAUAGCAAUUUGGUCUGUUAUAUUUACAGACUCCUCUUUUCCAUCUGAACGGGUUCCUCUCAGUUAAUCAGUAUGAAGAAGUCCUAAAGUACUUGUUUUAGGAUUUUACUCUAUCAAUUACAGGUCCAGCCAUACAGUGGUCUGCCCUCAGGGACCGCUCUUGUUUGCUUGUCUUCCAUCGGCAUUUGGCAUCUUCCAAAUGGUGAGCAAACAAAACAACUUUCCUGUCCUAAUUGGUUAUGCUAAACUGAUCCUCAGCCACACCAGUGCUUUGGCUGAGGGAAGACUUCUCUCUCUCUCUCUCUCUCUGUUUCUCACCCACUGUGACCCAAGCGUUUGAGGUUCCAGAUUUAAAUUGGAAAAGCCCAAUAAGAACCAUUCUUUCUAGCCUUUGUUGGGGAGAGCUUUCUCUUGAUGGCAGACCAUUGUUUUCCUGUUGUGUUUGCCUGCUGGGGAUGACUCUCCAACAAGGAAAAUGGCUCAGGGGUGUCAAUAGCUUGUUCCCUGAUUGCUGCAACCCCCCUCCCAUUUGACUAGGGUGGGCAGCACCGUUAGCACCUGAAGGCCUUUUGUGUGACUGACACAGUCACCGGCUUGAUUUGAUUUCUGACUGCCACUGAAGAGUUUUGACAAGGAGUUUUUCCCCCUAAAAUAAGCAUUCAUAGCUGUCUCCUAUUUGUGUUAAUUAACUUAUAGGCAUCACAAGUAAUACAAUUCAUUCACAGCAUGCACCCCCUGCCACACUGAAGAAUAUUUCAAUAUGUUACGCAGUUUUAUAAGAUCUUUUUCUUUUCUUUUUUGCUGGCAUCAGUUUUUCUUUUUCACACAACUGUAUGUCAACUGCAGAUAAAAGAUGAAGCGAUACCUCUAAUACACUGAGGUAGAGAAAGUUGACACUUAUCUGUUCUGCUGAAAUCCCAAGACUUGUCAAUGUCAUACUCGAGACAAAAGAGCUCAUCUCAUGCAUUUGAACGAGGCGAUUCUCCAAUAUACAGAUACACUUCUUGUUGAGACGAGUAUGUCUAUUUCCUGGGAAGGGUUAUCAAUGAUCCUCACAACUGCACUGUGGGGGAAGGGUUGUGGAUGUAAAACCACAUUUCAGGAUGAGAGUGGUCCCCAUACAGGAGGGAUUGAUAGUGAAGUGUCAUUGAAAGUAUGCUUAAAAAGCUAGGUUUUUUUUUUGGCAGGUCUUGGGCUUUUUUUUCUUUUCUUUCAACGAUUUUACCAGUUUCCAGCCCUUAAAUGUGUCUUUUUAACAUCAUGUUUUAUUAUUGAUAAAUGUGCAGAAGCAGUUGUGUAAAUGUCAGAUGAGGCAAAGACGAAUCACUCGUACACCAACGUCCCUUCCAUGAAACCGGUGUACUCUUACUUUUUUUGUUACUCAUUUAUCUUCUCUGAACUUAGCUUUUACAUUACAUGAAGUUUACUUUCCCUCCAAUAUUUAGUACUUAUUACUGUAUGCCUCUUUUGGAACAAUUUAAUGUAUUGUGAAAAGUUUGGCCCAUAAGAGGCAAGUGCAAAAUGAGUUAACUCCAGAAAGAUGGUUUACCUCAGCUGGUGAUCAUUAUCCUUUUACACUACUGAACACGUGCUUGCAACGAAAGAAAGAGAUAACCAAGUUUAUUAGCAUCUUUGCUUUGUUCUACUUUGAAGGGGGGGAACUGGGUAAGGGUUUUAGGGGCUGAGGCCAUGCACUUAAAACUAGAAAUAUGAUGUAGCAAAAAGUGUCUAAAUAUAUAUAUUGUAUAAAGCAAGCACAUAUUUUAAAGACUAGGCUCUGUUUAUUAGACUUUACAUAGGAUGUGUGUACUUCAGGGUUUGAUUAAAACAAAAACAGGUUGCACUGUGCAAGACAAAGUUGUGAGUGUGUGGGUAUGUUGUCCAUUAAAUGAGAUUUAUCUAGAUCCCUGUUCACUCUGCUUUCAUGACAUUUAAAGGAUGUGCAAUACGGAGGAAGGAGGUUCUUUGAAAUAAACAAGACUAUCUUGCAUUUCUCCCCUUGUGCUUCUUAAAGUCAUCCUCUGUAAAUAGGAAUAAAACCAGACUAAAAUCUUCAUCUUUUACAAUGCUGUAGAUCUAUUUAUACUAUUUCAAGUUUGUUCAUGUGUAUAAUGCAGAAACGCAAUGUUCAAUAAAAUGCACACAAUACUUUCUCAGAAGUUCAUCAUGACUGCGCUUGCUUACUGUUUUGUACUUGUUGAUUUUCAACGUGAAAUUUGUCUUUCAAGAACUAUUAUCAAUAUUAUA